AAAAAAUGGUGGUGCAUAGCCAUAAUAUGGUCACAUCUUUGGCAUAUUUUGUUGAACGAAAGAAUUGUAUAUCGCAGAGGUAUUCAAACUGUGCGUCGCGGCUCCCAGGGACGUCGCGAGAGUUAUCGAAGGGAGCCACGUCAUAUAAUUGAAAACCAAUAAAUACUUUAAAAUAUUUUUACGAAAAACGUUUUUUAUUAUCAUUGAGGCACACCGGUUGGGAAACGUUGGAUUGUCUACAGUCUACACUCUACUAUAAUCAUUCGCUAAGUAUAGCUUUAAUUGAUCGCGUAAGUCGCAAUAGCGACAGCGAUACCAUCAACUGCCAUCGUUAAAUCAUCAAUGCGUAUGUCGUGUUUGGCAGUAUUAGUCGUGAGUUAAAUUAUCAGUCAUUUUUAAUUUGGGAGCCGGCAACAUUUUAUGAAGACUCAAAGGAGCCUUGGGAUGAAAAAGUUUGAAUACCUCUGGUAUAUCGUAUUGUAUAUUGUCCUAUAGGACCGAAAACUUUUUACAACAACACAAACAAAUCUGACAUUGAAAAAUUACAAAUCUACAUAUUGUGACGUGCACAAUUUUACCAACACCGCGGCAAUGUGGACCUCAGGCAGUUUUGUGCACGUGUCGGUUUUUGCAUAAUAUUACACAUAUCUUGUGGAGAUGACUAGUCGUUUAUAAACACAUACCUAAAGUUAUUCCGUUACUGACGCAAAAAUACAGGUUUUCGGAUAAUCCGUCGGGGAGUGUCGUCAGUCGUAAUGUGUAGCGACUAAAAUCCGUGCCAUUAUGCCCAAUAUUAUACGCAUACCUGUAUUAUGUGUAUGAAUGUAUAAUAUACCUAUGUAUUAUAAUAUUUUGAUCUGGUACGUAAAUAUAUAUUUUUUUAUUUUAUUCCGUGGGUGUGUGAUACGUUUUCGUGAGUUUCGUAUCAUAAUGGUCUUUGGAACGACGGCGGCCGUUCGGUUAUAAAUUUAUAAUAUAAUAUUAUUACUUAAAUUUUCGUUGUUACGAAAAUACGCAUUCCGCAUAAAUAAUGAAAGCUCGUAUAAGCGCAGAGAUUAUUUUGGGCUACUAUGCCUUAUGGUAUGUCUUUGCAUAAGUGAAUCAAAGGCUCAAUGUCCAUGGCAAACAGAUCAAUCAUCUGCAGAACUGCAGUCGUCAUGUAUAUGUUCUACAAAUAUGGCACAAGAAUUAUCCGUACAGUGUGAUCUUGUGAAUUAUGAAGUGUUAAUGCAAACACUCGAUAAAUAUUCACAGGGGACUCUGGACUUACUUUAUAUAAAUAAUAGCUCAGUUAAGACUAUUGAAGAUUCUAGUUUUGCCAAUCUGAAAAUUCACAAUUUACAGUUAUCGGGCUGCCAAAUACAAACAAUAUCACCAACAGCAUUUAAAGGACUAGAGCUACAUUUAAGACACUUAAGUCUACAAGACAAUAAAAUAGACGAAAUACCUAAUUUAGAAGGACUUAUUAACUUAACAUUAUUAGACCUUUCAAGAAAUCGAAUUUCAAGAGUUCCAGAUGAUGUGUUUGCUUCAUUAAAAAAUUUACAAACAAUAAAAUUAGCAGAUAACAACCUCACGUUGUCUAAAAAUGCAUUUAGAGGUCUCGAAAAUAGUUUGAAGAAUUUAAAUCUAAAAGGAACAAAUCAAAAAUAUUUACCAGAGUGUAUAAGAAAUUUAAAAAAUUUGGCAUUUUUAGAUUUAGCUCAAAAUAUUUUAAGUGAGUUACCGGGAACUUCUGGACAUAUUUUUCAAGGAUUAGGAGCUUUGACAGCUCUCAACUUGGAAAGGAACGUAAUUCAGUCUUUGGGAGAAUUUACGUUUGAUGGUGUCAAAAAUACACUAAGUUCACUAAGUUUGCUCAAUAAUUUGCUCACUGAUUAUCCAACUAUAGCUAUAAGUAAACUACCAGAACUUAGAGUAUUAGAUCUUGGUUUUAACCUCAUUAAAGAAAUACCAAAUGACGCGUUUUUGGCAAAUCCAUCUUUAACCUUACUAGCGUUAGACGGAAAUCCUAUCGAAACUAUUCCUAAAAAAGCAUUUACCCAUCUGAAUACUACAUUGCGUGGGCUAAGCUUAGGAGGACGAUACUUACAAUGCGAUUGCCGGAUCCGAUGGGUAAUAGAAUGGAUCAAAAACGGCGAUUUACAAGUGACCAGCAGAGAAAGAAAUCCUCAGUUUUGUGCUAGUCCAUCAUUUCUUAAAAAUAAACAUUUUUAUAAAAUUGAUCCUUCAGAAAUGGUAUGCGAUAAUGACCAAAGUUCUUCUGAUGCGUCGGUGAUGUUAGAAUCUAUUAUAGAGGAAGAUGAUGUGGAUUCCCAACAUCCGAUUGGAACCGGUGUUGGAUAUGCUAGUCCUACAAUUGUUUCACCAGAGAUAUAUCCAACUUCAAAAAAUAAAUUUAAAAAGAAUCCUCCGAUAGCAGAAGUAGAAGUCGUGAAAAACACUAAUACAUCUGAAUUACUUGGAAUUAUGGAAACUACAAGAACUAUUCCAUCGACUACGGAGAGCACGACGGUUGCAAUUGAAACAACAACAAAGUAUUUUGUACAAAACACUACAAAUUCUAAACCAAUGAGCACAAGUCGUAAACCCAAUUUAGUUAUAACACGACCACAGUCAGUACAGACGUCCCAGAAACCACCGCUAAUAUUAGGUACUUACCCUAAAAAACAAGUUCAAGAAGUCAUCAUAAGGAGUGUUCACAGACAAGAUAAUUCCGUUAUAAUUCAAUGGGAUUCCGAAACGGCAAAUAUCUUAGGAUUCCGAGUUGUAUAUAGGCUUUUUGGUGACCGCACUUUCAAACAGGGGCCACCUCUCGAAACUAGUGAACGAGAGUUUAAAAUUAAAAACGUACCAUACCAGGAAUGCAUCAUCGUGUGCGUCAUAUCUCUGGAGGAAAUAACCAUCACGCCGGACACGGUGCCGUACAGCCAGUGCCGGGAAAUACGGACAGCGGUCACGAUGACGAGCAACAUGGACAGGAUAACGAUUGCGGCGAGUGCAGCCAUAUGCGGCACGGUGUUGAUCGCCGUCGUCGUGUUCAUUGCGGCGAGCAAACGUCGCGCCAAAAAGCUGCAAACGUUGCACAACUCGGUGGCGUCCUGCCAUCCAAACAAAUCGGGCAUCCCGGUCGGCACCUUGCCGGCCAGCUGCUACGCCGGACCAAACGCAGCCCAGAUGUCCUCGCUGGCAGCCCUAAAUGCGUUCAACAGCCACAAGGAUUGGGAUCAGGGUUCGGUGUACAGCAAUCGGAGUCUUAACCCAUCCCGCAUGUAUCGAGUGGCCGAUACCAGACAAGGACUGAACGAAGAUCUACACUCGAACAUUUCAAACUUCAGUGCGAAACCGCCGAAAAUGCGUUCGGUCGCCGACGGCCAGUCACAGAACAGUUUCUCGAACAACUCGAUGAGGUAUUUGGGCGGAAACAACGCAUACGCGUCCGAUCUGGUCAACUCCAGACCCGAACUGAGGCAGUCGCGACAGUCGUUGGCCGUCUCCGAGAGGAUGUCGCACAUCAGUUAUCCGGGCAGUGGCCGCACGAACACGUCCCGCAACAAGCCCAGGCAACGUUCCAGGACCAGAGAGGGAACGCAAAACCGACCGCCCAGCAGAUACAGCCACACCGGUUCCCAUCACACGCUCAACAAUUACUGCGGCGGAGACACGUCGGACAAUUGGACCGAUCACGACAUGGACAUAUACAUGACCAGAAAUCCGACAGCCAGAAACGGUCUUGUGCCACUAUAGAAUGUUAUUAUAAUUUAAUAAUAUAAUUAUAAUUAUUAUUAUUAUUAUAAUUAGCCAUUUGAUGUACGCGUAUGAUACACACUAUAAUACACAUAGUAGGUAUAUGCAUACAAUACGCACUUGGAGCUCAAUUGAAAUUAAUUUAUUUGUAGCGUUUAUUUUAUGCAAUUAUGACAAUAACACGCGGCAUUAUAAAUAUAUUAUAUUAUGAUUAUAUUAUUACUACAUACAAUAUUUCCGUUUGAGUAAUAAUAUUUAGACUUAAGACGAUAAUAAUCGUCUGUAGAAUUUCGAUUACCUAUAUUAUAUAGGUACCGUAUAUAAGUAGUUAUUUUCUUCAGAAUAUUAAGUAUAUAACUAUUUACGUACAUAUUACAUUUAAGUGAUUUAACACUGUUCACUGUUCUAUAUUUUUUUUUGUAUUAUUUUAAGUACAAAUAACAGAAUAUUGUAUACCUAUUUUUAUAAUCACGAUAAUAAGUAGCAGAACAAUAUUAUAACUUAAUCAUUUUCCCAGCGUAUAUAAUUAAAUUGUAAGUAAAAAUAACUAAUGUUUCAUACCAAGUAGGUUAUUGGUAUCUACCUAAUGUAUACCUACAUUGUUCUAAGCAGGUACCUACAUUAUACAGAUCUAUCUAAUUAUAUCUUAAAUCUAAAAAUAUGCUUAUAUACUUUUAAAAUAACGAAUAGGUAUAGUUAGUAAUAGUUUUUUAUAUUAUUAUAAUUUUAUUUUUGGUUUUUUAACUUUUAAGUAAUAUUAUAGAGGUACUACUAUGAUUAUAUCGAGUUAUGUCCUACCUCACAACACACAACUCGUGUACCUACGACAAUAAACAUAGGUAUUUUAAUAUUAAAUAAUAUUUUUUAAUUUUUAAUCAAAUUAAUUAUUAAUUGUUGUUCAAUCUAUUUACUUUUAUAAUUACUGUGAAAAUAUUAGAAAUUGACAAUUAAUUAAUAAAGUUGUAUUCAUUUAUUGUCAAUUUUUAUGUAGUAAAUUCUAUAAUAUUAAAUAGUAUUUAAUAAAUAAUUGUAUAUAAAGUAUUAUGUAAUUAUUCGAUUAAAAUCAGUUAUCUAUAAGUUUAUACAUAGAUAAAUAUUAAGUAUACUGCAUUAUAAGUUCAAUACAUUUUAAAUUAUUAAACUAUUUGAUACAUGCCAAA